CACUCGUCCAAGUUUAGAUAAGAUAAAUAACUCCUAAUGACUUAUUACUGCAUUUUUUGGGGCUCUCUCUUCCUUUUUUUUGCAAAAAAUCAUUCCACCACCCAUUAAAGUGGUGCUAUAAAAAAACUCGUAGUGGUGCAUUACUAGGUUUCUUUGUACUUGUCAAAACCACCACAAUUGAGUCACUUUCAACUUAUCCUCCAGAUAUCUUUUCUGCCUUCUUUUGGAUAAUCCCAUUUCUUAUUCUAUCAUAUCCAUUCUCGUAUACUCACACAUCCAUUGUAAUAUACAUAUUUGAGUUACCUUCAUUUUCAUAAUAUUAAACCCUUUAGCAGCAUAUUUUGUAUCAUAUUAUGGUGUUUGUUGAAUUGCCAUUUUUCUAGGUUUUCAAUAGAAAAAGGAAAGGAUUAGCUUUCUUAUUUCAUUCUUCCAACAGCUACACAAGAAACAAGCACUAUUUGCCUAGGUGGUUGAAACAAAAUUUGUUUAUUCUAGAGGUCAAGGGUUCGAAUUCCAUUUUCAAUAUUCCAUUAUCUAGCCAAGAGCAGUUUGAAAAUAACCACUCUGCAUGCACCCCAACCUGUGGGAUGACACUAGGUUGUUCUCUUGAUGGUAUGCAAAUUUUUGUUCUAAGAUAGUGAAUUCUUUAGCUUUUUAGUCUUGGAUAAGUCAUAAGUUUGAACUCAGUAAACUUGCAUUAUCAAUGUUUCUUGCCUUCUCUAACAUCACCAGAAUUUGUGCUGCUGUGGUUUACUGGUUAUGACAUUACUAUUAUUGGUUUUCACUUGGAAUUGGCAACAAUUUUAACCAGAAACAUUUCUGCAGUGAUUGCAUGUUUUUUGCUUGAUUUCUUAUCAUCAUUGCUUUUAAGCUUUGGAAGAACCCUUAGAAAAUGAUGGUGCUAACCUUUUAUACCACAUGCAAUUCGUUUCUAGAGCUGAAGAAUUGGAAACUGCCCUCAUGGAAUUGGUCAAGGAAGAUAAUCGGCGAGAACUGAGUGCACGGGUUGAGCAACUGGAGCAACAGUUGGCUGAACUGCACCAAAUCCUUGCAGAUAAGAGAGAACAAGAGGCAGCAAUGGUUCAGGUGCUGAUGCGGGUUGAACAAGAGCAAAAGAUCACUGAAGAAGCUCGAAUUGCUGCAGAGCAAGAUGCAGCUGCUCAAAAAUAUGCAGCAUACAUUCUUCAGGAAAAGUAUGAAAAAGCAAUAGCAUCACUUGCUCAGAUGGAGAAGAGAGCAGUGAUGGCAGAAUCGAUGCUAGAAGCAUCUGAACAAUAUGAAUCUGGCCAAGUCAAAGCUUCAGCUUCCCCAAGUUCGAAAGCUGAAUCCCCAAGGAAUGCACCUGGGAGAAAGAUUGGGCUGCUGUCAUUUGGCCUUGGCUGGCGAGAUAGAAACAAGGUAUGUCAAUCAAAAUCAAUGUUUAUGACUUUAUGCUCUGAGGAGAAGCAAUCAGUGUGAAAUGGAUGUGUUUCAGGCUUUGAACAUUUGACAGAUCUACUGCACUGUUAUGAUGAGAUAUUGGGUCUCCACUUGUUCUCAAAGACAUGCAAACUGAUUAUCUAUCACAGCCGUCUAUUUCUAAUUUCAGAGCGGACAGACCUUAGUUGAGGGUGGGAUCGGGCAACAAUUAGGGCUCAGACCGUUUCACUUUAUUCUGGCCAAAAUUUAGCCACACACUUCUUACCUCUCAAGACUUUUCUUAGACUACGUAAAGUCAAACUAUAAUUUUUAUUAUGGGACCGGGAGCAUAAAAUGUAGAAUAUCUUGGCCAUCCGAUCUGAGAUUCGGAGGGCUUGGACAAGACAUGAACAAGUGACAGGCGGAGUUUCCAAAUCUUUUGUGAUCUAGUUCUGAAGCAAAAUAGCAAACCACAAAAUGAUGAUUACAGUUAGUUUCCGUAAUCACGGUAGGAGUUGCUUCAGGAUUAGUAUUAGGCUUCCGGUACAAGUUUGCAAAACACCCUAAAACGUCUCCCAAUUCCUACUGCCUUAAAGAACGUUAAUCAUUUCAAAAAGCAGGCACAAAGAUGAUGAAUCACAUGCCUUGGUUAGUAGGUUGCUUAUAUAUAUUGAAAUGAGUAUGUCAAAAUAAACACAAUGACAGGGAAAGCAAAGCUGUGACCUUCCAUCACCAACGACAAGUAAAAGUAGUGCUGCUGGAGGACAAGACACAAACAGUUCUCAACUUCAGAUCAAUGGGCAUCGAGACGACAAUGGAAAAGCCACUUCUAAAGAUUGACAUGUGCAUCCAUCUUCUUCUUGGGGAUCUCCUCCCCAUCCCACCAGCUAAAGUUUCUCCAUUUUUGUUUAUAUCCGGUGCUCUGUACAGUAGAUUACUACAAAGUUUUUAUCGGACAAGUUACUCCUAUUUAAACCUUGUGUGUUAAUCUACGCUGAACAGACAUUGAAACUUGAAAAGAACACGAGAGGAAACAGUCCUUUCGAAUGAAAGGUGGUUGCAUGUAAUGUUUUAGGAGAGCUUUCGAUUUUUUUGUUGAAAUGAAGAAAUUAAAUUUCU